GCGAGCCGGGGCACCGGGCGGCGGCGCGCGCCAUGUCGUUCAGUGAAAUGAACCGCAGGACGCUGGCGUUCCGAGGAGGCGGGUUGGUCACCGCCAGUGGCGGCAGCGGCGGCGGCGGCAGCUCCACGAACAAUAACGCUGGCGGGGAGGCCUCAGCUUGGCCUCAGCAGCCCCAGCCAAGACAGCCCCAGCCGCUAGCGCCUCAGCAGCUCAAUGGGCGGGGGGCCGACGAGGAAGUGGAAUUGGAGGGCCUGGAGCCCCAAGACCUGGAGGCCUCCGCUGGGGCGGCCGCCGCCGCCGAGGAAACCAAGGAGUUGCUGCUCCCCCAAGACGCGGGCGGCCCCACCUCGCUGGGCGGCGGUGGCGCGGGGGGCCCCCUGCUAGCGGAAAGGAACCGUCGGACUCUGGCCUUCCGAGGAGGCGGCGGCGGCGGGGGUCUCGGCAACAAUGGCAGUAGCCGCGGCCGCCCCGAGACCUCGGCGUGGCCCCUGAGGCAUUUCAAUGGGCGAGGGCCAGCGGCUGUGGAUCUGGAGCUGGACGCGCUGGAGGGGAAGGAGUUGAUGCAGGACGGCGCGUCCCUGAGCGACAGCACCGAGGACGAGGAGGAGGGGGCGAGCCUGGGCGACGGCAGCGGGGCGGAAGGCGGCAGCUGCAGCAGCAGCAGGCGGUCGGGCGGCGAUGGCGGGGACGAAGUGGAGGGCAGCGGUGUGGGAGCUGGCGAAGGAGAGACUGUCCAGCACUUCCCGCUCGCGCGGCCCAAGUCCCUAAUGCAGAAGCUACAGUGCUCCUUCCAGACCUCUUGGCUCAAAGAUUUUCCCUGGCUGCGGUAUUCCAAGGAUACUGGCCUUAUGUCUUGCGGCUGGUGCCAAAAGACCCCUGAGGACGGGGGAAGCGGGGACCUUCCUCAAGUGGGGCACGAUGAGCUUUCGCGAGGGACCCGAAACUACAAGAAAACCCUUCUUCUGAGACACCACGUCUCUAACGAGCACAAACUCCACGAAGCCAACGCCCAGGAGACAGAAAUACCAUCAGAGGAGGGAUACUGUGACUUUAAUAGUAGGCCAAAUGAGAACUCUUACUGCUAUCAACUUCUUCGACAACUAAAUGAACAAAGAAAGAAAGGUAUUCUUUGCGAUGUCAGCAUUGUGGUGAGCGGAAAAAUCUUUAAAGCUCAUAAGAACAUCCUGGUUGCAGGCAGCCGUUUCUUUAAGACUUUAUAUUGCUUUUCAAACAAAGAAAGCCCUAACCAAAACAAUACUACCCAUUUAGAUAUUGCUGCAGUUCAAGGUUUUUCAGUCAUCUUGGACUUCUUGUAUUCUGGUAACCUGGUGCUCACAAGCCAAAAUGCCAUUGAAGUGAUGACAGUGGCCAGCUACCUUCAAAUGAGUGAAGUUGUUCAAACUUGCCGAAAUUUCAUUAAAGAUGCCUUAAAUAUAAGCAUUAAAUCAGAAGCUCCAGAGUCUGUAGUUGUGGACUAUAAUAAUAGAAAACCAGUUAAUAGAGAUGGUCUAUCUUCAUCACGGGAUCAAAAAAUUGCCAGUUUUUGGGCAACACGGAAUCUUACCAAUUUGGCAAGUAACGUAAAAAUUGAAAAUGAUGGUUGUAAUGUCGACGAGGGCCAAAUAGAAAACUACCAAAUGAAUGACAGUAGUUGGGUCCAGGAUGGUUCACCUGAAUUGGCUGAAAACGAAUCUCAAGGUCAAACGAAAGUGUUUAUUUGGAAUAAUAUGGGCUCCCAGGGAAUUCAAGAGACUGGCAAAACGAGGAGGAAAAACCAAACUACAAAGAGAUUUAUUUAUAAUAUACCACCUAAUGAAACAAACUUAGAAGAUUGCUCAGUGAUGCAGCCACCUGUUGCCUAUCCAGAAGAAGAUAUGUCAUUCAUCAAGGAAGAACCAGAUCUGGAUGGUGCUCUACUCUCAGGGCCAGAUUGUGAUAGGAAUGUGAAUACAAAUUUAUUGGCUGAAGCCGGCUCCAGUCAGGAUGGAGGUGAUGCUGGUACUUCACAUGAUUUCAAGUAUGGCCUGAUGCCUGGCCCUUCAAGUGAUUUCAAGUAUGGAUUGCUACCAGGUACUUCAAAUGAUUUCAAGUAUGGAUUGAUACCAGGUGCUUCAAACGAUUUCAAGUAUGGAUUAUUGCCUGAAUCUUGGCCAAAACAAGAAACUUGGGAAAAUGGUGAAUCAUCUCUAAUCAUGAACAAGUUAAAAUGCCCUCAUUGUAGCUAUGUAGCCAAAUACAGACGAACACUAAAAAGGCAUUUGCUCAUUCAUACGGGAGUCAGAUCAUUUAGCUGUGAUAUUUGUGGAAAACUGUUUACUCGCAGAGAACAUGUGAAAAGACAUUCCCUGGUGCAUAAAAAGGAUAAAAAAUACAAAUGUAUGGUGUGUAAGAAGAUCUUCAUGUUAGCAGCCAGUGUUGGAAUAAGACAUGGAUCUCGACGCUAUGGUGUUUGUGUAGACUGUGCAGAUAAAUCACAGCCAGGAGGGCAAGAAGGUGUAGAUCAGGGACAGGAUACAGAUUUCCCUCGGGAUGAAGAAUAUGAAGAGAAUGAAGUAGGAGAAGCUGAUGAAGAGCUGGGUGAUGAUGGAGAAGAUCAGAAUGAUCCAUCUCGAUGGGAUGAGUCAGGAGAUGUUUGUAUGUCUCUAGAUGAUUAACUGACCUAUACUCCUCAAGGAUGCUGCAUUUGGACAUAAUAUGAAUCGACAAUUUGAAUUGUUGAACUUGAAGGCUUGCAAAAUAUGGUACAUGCUGGAUGGUAGUUAUGUUGCUGUGAAAACUGUAGGGUCAAAAAAGCCUUAUAGCAAAAAAAAAUUUUUUUUAUAUUUGCACAGGACUGUACAGCAAACAACCUUGUGGUUGGAUUACAUGGAGUCCCCACAUCUUCAGUCAGUUAUCAAAGUAAAAAUAUUUUUAUUUAUAGGAUAUACAGUAACUAUUUGGGUCCUACGAAUAUAUUGUACCUAUCCUUAAAGAGCUUACAUUCAUGUCCCACUUUAACAUGAAUGAAGAAAAUCCAUUUAUAAGACUACAGUGACAGCUGACCCAAUUACUCUGUCCAUCAAACCACUCAGGCUAGUUUGUACUAGUAGAGUUUUGUUUCUAUUUUUAUUUUUAUUAAUUUUAUUUUUUUUUAAUACAGAUUUUCAGUGAGGGGCCUUUUCAACCCCAUUGGUUCUACUUUUCUGUAUUUUUCCAUUUUAAUUUGCUUCAUAACUUAAACCAAGUCUCUUCUAGUCUUAGGUAUUAUUUCUCAAUUUUGUGCUGAUGGGCAUGUUUAUAAGAACUGGAGAGGUAAUUUAUUGGAAUGAACUGACUUUCCUCCGUUCCCCCUUUCCUUUUUGACAUGAAUUUUACUACUUCACAAAUGAAGAAAUGAUGUUGCAAAGUUAACGUGGCGAAGUUGACAAAUACCACUAAAAUGAUUAUGAUUUAGAAGUAACUUUCUCCUGCUGCUCUAAUCUGAUAAAUGGUUAUUACAUGACGUUUUCUGACAUGGUAUUCGGUUUUGGGUAUCUGUUACUUUGGCACUAUUCUUGUUUGCCUCUUUAUUUUUGCCAGUGUACUAUACCUCAGUCCUAUUUGAAAAGACAGAAUUCUAAUCAAAAGAAAAGUCAUAGAAACAAUAAGUAAAAUGAUUUGUUUCCUAAUUUGACCUCCAUGUCCAGUUUGGUUAGCUUGUUAAAUGCGAUAUAAGUGAAAUAUCAGGUUUUUACUCCUGUGCCCUUUUUAUCAUUAAAAAUAACACAAAAAGUG